AGGCGGUGGCGGCGGGGCCGCGUGGGACCCUCUGUUCCAGCACGAUGCACCCGGUAGCUGGCAGCUUUGCCUCGGACCAGGAGCCCCUGCUGGAGGAUCCCGUGGGGAGCAGGUACAGCCAGCAGAAGCCAAGUGACCGCUGGCAUGGGGCCUACCUUAUAUUUUUCCUCCUGGGCAUUGGGUCCCUCCUGCCCUGGAAUUUCUUCAUCACGGCCAAACACUACUGGAGGUAUAAGCUGCAGAACUGCUCAGAUGAGCCGGGCCCAGUGGGGGAGGCAGCCUCAGACCUGCAGGACUAUUUUGAGAGUUACAUCUCCAUUGCUUCCACCGUGCCGUCAGUGCUGUGCCUGAUUGGAAACUUCUUGCUUGUCAACAAGGUUCCUGCCAGUGUCCGGAUCCUGUCCUCCCUCUUUGUCAUGCUGGCUGUUUUCCUGGUGAUCACGGUGCUGGUGAAGGUGGAUACGUCUGCCUGGACGACGUGUUUCUUCGCCCUCACCAUCGGCUGUGUGGCUGUGGUCAGCAGUGCCUCCACCAUCUUUUCCAGCAGCAUCUUUGGCCUGAGCAGCUGCUUCCCCAUGAGGAACCUGCAGGCUCUGAUCUCAGGCCAGGCCAUGGGUGGCACCGUCAGUGCCGUGGCCUCUGUGAUAGACCUGGCAGCCGCGGCCGAUGUCACCGACAGCGCCUUGGCCUAUUUCCUCACUGCCGACAUCUUCAUCGUCAUCUGCAUCAUGGUGUACCUGCUCCUCCCCAGGCUGGAGUACUCCAGGUAUUACCUGAGCCGCCAGAAGGAGAGCCCCUCUCUGGUCUCUGUGCCCCCCGACAGCUCUGUGGAGGAUGAAGCAGUGCCAGGAGGCACCGUGAAUUCCUCCUUCCUCACAAGAAGCGCUGGCAUCCCCCCACUCCGCCCCAUCCUGCAGAAGACUGCCCUCCUCGGCUUCUGCCUCUUCUAUGUCUUCUUCAUCUCCAUCAUCAUCUUCCCUUCCCUCUCCUCCAACAUCGAGUCUGUCAGCAAGUCCUCAGGAAGCCCAUGGAGCACCAAGUAUUUCACACCACUCACGUGUUUCCUCCUAUACAAUUUUGCUGACUGGUGUGGGAGGCAGGUCACUGCCUGGAUCCAGGUGCCCGGCCCCAGGAGCAAACUGCUGCCUGCCCUCGUCCUCCUCAGAUCCAUCUUCCUCCCUCUCUUCAUCCUCAGCAACUACCAGCCCCGGGCUCAUAUCCAAACCGUGGUGUUCAACCAGGACAUCUACCCUGUGGUUUUCACGGCACUGCUGGGGCUCAGCAAUGGCUACCUGGGCACACUGGUCAUGGUCUAUGGCCCCAAAAUUGUGCCAAAAGAGCUGGCUGAGGCAGCAGGGGUGGUGAUGACAUUUUACCUCGUGCUGGGACUGGCUCUGGGAUCUGCCUGUGCUAUUUUUGUGGUGCACUUCAUGUAGAAGGGGUAACCAGAGGAGGAGGAUGCCCUUGGUUUGUGGUGCUGCUGUUGGGUAUUUUAGAGUUUGGGUUUUUUUCCCAAAAGAGUCAGGUAUGCUGUGGUUUUGAGGCAGGCUGCCUGUCUUGGGAGGGGGGUAGUUGCAUCCAGGGGGAUGCAGAGGGAAAGUCUCCCUUCUGGGAAGGGGCAUCCCCUGUGCUUGGGAAGGUUCUGUCAGACAUUUUUGCUCCCCAGUUUAAUGGAGCAGGAACCAAAACAGCCUCAUCCUCCCCAGGGAGCUCAGGGAAGCACCAGGGACACAGGGAUACUGUCCCUUGCCCCUAUGCCAGUGGUUUUAAGCUGAACCCAGGGCUUUUGGGGGCACCUUGGGUUUUGCUGCCACACUGUUAUGAAUUCAGGUUGGGUGGUCUUUGGGGGAUCCCCCCUCACUGAGCUGUGAUGGUGGUGUUGAACUAAAAAGGAUUUGAGCCCUGGAGCAUUUUCACACAACUUAGGGAGUGAGUAGCAGCUGCCCCAGGAAUCAGGGCACUGUUUUGCACAGAUUUCAUACAAUCAUUCCACAAAAAGAAAAAUAAAGGGAAACUGUUCCACUUGGA